AUGAAGAGGAUAAAAGGCGCCAAGGAGGAGGGUAACGACUCCCCCAGUAAGAGCCCGCCCGAAGCUCGCAAGAAAAUUCGGAAGCAGUCGGAGCAGUUGGAGGACGACGGCUCGCUGGACUCCAAGUGGGCUCGGCUGCCCCAGGAGCUGCUUCUGCACAUCUUCCAGUACCUCCCGCUGCUGGACCGGGCCUUCGCCUCUCAGGUGUGCCGCGGGUGGAACCAGGCCUUCCACAUGCCCGAGCUGUGGCGCUGCUUCGAGUUUGAGCUCAACCAGCCGGCCAGCUCUUAUCUGAAAGCCACGCACCCGGACCUGAUCAAGCAGAUCAUUAAGAGGCACUCCAACCACUUGCAAUAUGUCAGCUUCAAGGUGGACAGCAGCACAGAGUCUGCAGAGGCGGCAUGUGACAUUCUUUCACAGCUGGUCAACUGCUCACUGAAGACCUUAGGGCUUAUUUCAACAGCCAGGCCCAGUUUCAUGGAGGUCCCGAAGUCUCACUUCAUCUCAGCGUUGACGGUGGUGUUCGUCAAUUCCAAGUCGCUGUCGUCGCUGAAGAUUGACGAUACGCCAGUGGAUGACCCCUCGCUCAAGGUGCUGGUGGCCAACAAUAGCGACACGCUCAAGCUGCUCAAGAUGAGCAGCUGCCCUCACGUCUCGCCAGCAGGGAUCCUGUGCGUGGCGGACCAGUGUCACGGCCUGCGAGAACUGGCGUUGAACUACCACCUGCUGAGCGAUGAGCUCCUGCUGGCCCUUUCCUCGGAGAAGCACGUGCACCUGGAGCACCUGCGCAUCGACGUCGUGAGCGAGAACCCCGGCCAGCACUUCCACAGCAUCAAGAAGAGCAGCUGGGACGCCAUGGUCCGCCACUCCCCGAAGUUCAACCUCGUCAUGUACUUCUUCCUGUACGAGGAUGAGUUCGGGCCGUUCUUCAACGACGAGAUUCCCGUCACGCACCUCUACUUCGGCCGCUCUGUCAGCAAGGAGGUGCUGGGUCGAGUGGGCCUGCACUGCCCGCGUCUGGUGGAGCUGGUGGUGUGCGCCAACGGCCUACGCCCGCUGGACGAAGAACUGAUCCGCAUCGCCAAGCGCUGCACGCAGUUGUCGGCCAUCGGCCUAGGUGAAUGCGAGGUGUCCUGCAGCGCCUUCGUGGAGUUUGUCAAGAUGUGCGGCCGUCGCCUGUCGCAGCUCUCCAUCAUGGAGGAGGUGCUCAUCCCCGACCGCAAGUACUCCCUGGACGAGAUCCACUGGGAGGUGUCCAAGCACCUGGGCCGGGUUUGGUUCCCGGACAUGAUGCCCACCUGGUAA